UUGAGCCUCAAUCACACAAGAAAGGAAAUUUCGCGACUACCUACCAUAUUUCCAAAAACCUCUUGGCUCUUCCGUGCAUUUUGACAAGCAGGUGGAUCUUCAAUAGCGAUUAUCGUCCAGCGCCAUUUCUUGACCGACACUUUUACCCCUUCCGGAACGACUGGAUACCUACAUUCCACCAAAUUCUCCUAUUCCGCCAUCAUGUCAGGUACAAUGUACGAUGACCAAGCUUAUGCACCCUCGCGUCGUCAUUCACUCGUGACUCCUCCUCAGUCCAUGGUCCCGCGACAUAGCCGGACGCGCAGCCAGAGCGUCAGAGUUAGUAACGGCACCGUCAGCACCAACACCAGUGUCUCGAGCGGGAGGAUGUCAGAAGCUACAAAUAUCACGCAACCCCCAGCAUAUUCCAAAAAGUUUGUGGUGGUGGGCGAUGGCGGAUGCGGGAAAACCUGUCUCUUGAUUAGUUAUUCGCAAGGUUAUUUCCCCGAGAAAUAUGUUCCUACGGUGUUCGAGAACUACAUCACACAAACCACCCAUCGGGCGUCCGGAAAGACAGUCGAGCUCGCUCUUUGGGAUACUGCUGGCCAGGAAGAAUAUGACCGUCUGCGCCCACUUUCGUAUCCAGAGACGGAUCUUCUGUUUGUUUGCUUUGCUAUCGACUGUCCCUCCUCGUUAGAAAAUGUGAUGGAUAAGUGGUACCCCGAAGUCUUGCAUUUCUGUCCGACGACCCCGCUCAUCCUGGUGGGCUUGAAGUCAGAUCUGCGCAACAAGAGGACAUGCAUUGAACUACUCAAGACCCAGGGUCUAACGCCGGUAACGCCAGAGCAAGGCGAAGCCGUGGCGCGCCGUAUGAACGCGUCCUACGUGGAAUGCAGUAGCAAGGAGAUGCGCGGUGUUGAUGGCGUGUUCAGCCUCGCGGUUGAUACUGUUGUCUCCGCUGAGGAGCAAGACUACAAUGACCGUCAAACGACUAGCGCUGGUAGCAAACCCCGAGUCGGCGGCGGCGGCGGCGGCGGUGGUGGAAAGAAGGUCAAGAAGCGCAGUUGCAAAAUCCUGUAACUGGUGGGCUCGCGUCUCUUCUUUGUCCACUGCUCGACCAUAUCUCUUACUGUCUUCCACUGCUUACCACCCCAGUUUUUCAUUUCAUCUUUCAUACCUACGCCACACAAGCCUGGUUGCUUGGACGGCUUCUUUGACUCUCCUUACAUGUCAUAUGACA